GUCAAUGUGGCCAGUGUGAUGGGCCGCGUCUCCUGUUUCGGCGGCGGGUACUGCAUCUCCAAGUUCGGCGUGGAGGCUUUCUCCGACAGCCUCAGGCUUGAGAUGCGCAACUUCGGGGUGAAGGUCAGUGUGAUCGAGCCAGGCUACUUCAACACGAUGAUCACCAACGUCGAGAACCUGGAGAGAAAUUUUCUUUCUACCUGGGAGAAGCUUCCAGAGGAAAUCCAAACAAGUUAUGGGGAGAGUUACUUGAAGCAGUUUGUGGCAUCACUGAAGAUAAUGCAGAAGAGCUACAACUCCGACCUGUCUCUGGUCACGAACUGCAUGGAGCACGCACUGACCAGCCUCCACCCCCGUGCCCGCUACUCGGCCGGCUGGGACGCCAAGCUGCUCUACAUCCCCCUCAGCUACCUGCCCUCGGCCCUCACAGACGCCGUGUUCACCCUGUUCUACCCCAAAUCCACGGGGAAAGCCUAAGGCAGGGAUGCCAGGCUGAGGCACUGCGAUGCCUGAGGCAGGGCCUGGUGACGUGCGGUGGGAUCUGGCGGCGCAAGGUGAGAUCCGACAUCGCCCGAGGCCAUGCUGAGGUCCCCGAGUUUGUUCCCUGCCCACAGGCAGCUUUGUCCUGAAUAAAGACUCCCCCUUAC